UUCGUUUUAGUUUCUCGUAAUUCUAAUGGCAUCAAAAAUCAAUAUUAUUUCGCCUAUGAAUAACGAAAAUGAAACUCUUUUUUUUAAUAUCAAAUCACUGGACAAGAGAACAAGUGUGACAAAAGACUCUAUUUGGUCCGACCACGACCAAAUAAACUUUUUUGUCAAAACUAAUGAAAAAUGGCUCAAUCUACCAAUAAUUGACUUAGAAGUCAUGAAGGGUAGUGAUGAGGCUGCUAUAGCUGCUGCUGCUGAGAUUGUAAGGGAUGCAUGCAUGAGGCAUGGAUUUUUCCUAGUUUCCAAUCAUGGUGUGGACCAGAAUCUGAUCAAGGAUACUUAUCAAAAAUUUGACAACAUUUUCAAGCUUCCUUUGAUUAGGAAAGUUGGUUCUAUGAGGCAUCCAUGGGGAUAUUCAGGUGCUCAUGCAUGGCAAUUUUCUUCAAAGUUGCCAUGGAAAGAGGCAUUUACUUUUCAAUACAAACACUGUGAUGAAUCAGAGUCGCAAAUUGUUGAUUUCUUCAAAUCAGUCUUAGGUGAUGACCACCAACAUGCAGGGUUGGUGUGUCAAAAGUAUUGUGAUGCAAUGAAGGAAUUAUCAGGGGUUAUUUUGGAGCUAUUGGCUAUUAGCUUGGGUGUGGAUCGUUUGUAUUACAAAAAGUUUUUCAAAGAUGCUGAAACAAUGAUGAGGUGUAACUCUUAUCCUUGUGAUGGAUUUCAAGCUGGCACCCUUGGCACUGGUCCUCAUAGUGACCCAACCUCAGUCACCAUUCUUUACCAGGACCAAGUUGGAGGUCUUGAAGUUUUUGUUGAUAACAAAUGGCUUGCUAUUCCCCCUCAGCCCAAUACCUUUGCCAUAAAUAUAGGUGACACUUUCAUGGCACUGACCAAUGGGAUAUACAAGAGUUGUCUGCAUAGAGUAUUGCCUAACAAGGAGGAAACGGGUAUAAAGACACUUGCUUUCCUUCUAAGCCCGAAAGCUGACAAAAUUGUGAGAGCCCCAAACAAUCUAUUGGGAAGAGAAGAGGCAAGGAAGUACCCUGAUUUCACAUGGUCACAAUUUUUUGAGUUUACACAAAAGCAAUAUAAGGCUGGUCCUGACACUCUGCCAAAAUUCAUCUCUUGGCUUUGCUCUUUUAACCCAUCCAAAAUAUAAGUACUUUGGAGUUUGGAUGCUAAAGAAUAUUGAUUUUGUAUGAUCAUUAUUUUUUGCAUCUUCAGUCAAGUGGGUAUAAUACCAGCUGAAUACUACAUACCCUCUUUUUAUUUUCCAUAAUAAUGUACACUGGUUUAGUGUUAUAUCUUUGUUGUUACUCUUUUUUCUAUACAUACAUGUAUGUAUUAGAUGUACAACAUAGAAAAUAGGUAAUUUUGAGUUUCAUGUUCAUCGAACUGUUUUGAGUAACCAGUGUACCCAAAUAAUAUGAAUGAAGCAAAUUUUAGGUUUUAAA